AUGUUAAAAACAGCGAAAUCCCGUCUCACAAAUGCUCGCAAUGCCCUGAGAGAAGCAGUCGCAGGAGCUCAGCCAGUGCUUGCGCCAAUCGUGAUGCCGUCGACCGAUGAAACUGAGAACAUGGAAUAUCUGAAGAAGGAAAGGACAGAAAUCGAAGCGACAAGAGCGAAGAUCCAAGCAUUGAAGGAUUGCGUCAACGAAUCAAUGGAGAAGCUACACGUCGCAUUCGAAAUGCUGGAGGAUACGAAGCAAGAAGCAGAAUUGAAGUCUUUCGACCAAUACCUCCAAGUGGCAGUGGAGAACACGAACGAAGCAGACCAAUUCUGCGCAAACUUGAUCGGGAAAAGAGCGGGCGUUGAACAAAUCAUCAAGGACCUCCGAUGUGCCGCGUUUCAGUCAACGCGAAACGGAGGAAGAAACAACGCGCUGGAACAAUCUUACCACUCCACACCAACUACUCCAGCAAUCGCUCCUGCAAUGCCGCCAUUGCAACGAUGCAAAGCGGAAAGAAGAGAUACCAAGUCGCAAAUCCAAUUGCUGGAGAAGAUUACAGCUAUGAUGAGCCAACUGGCAAUAAAUGGCCAAGAAGUUGACCAACGUCUGCUGUUAAAUAUCAUCUUCAGCAAAUUCGAUGAGGAUAUCCAGACACGGACACUUGAAAAACGAGCCGAUCUGGAAAAUCCAAAGGAUUGGACAUGGGCAAAAAUGCAGAAAGAGCUCAGCGGCAUACUCCAAAGAAGGGAAUACGUCGAACAAACGCGAAACAAGAUAAACGCGAUACAGGAAAGCUCAACUAAAAGACCCAGUCAGCCAAUCCGUGGCUUCAAACCCACUUGUAUCUAUUGCAAGCGGUUUGGCCACCAAUCUACGGAAUGCCGUACAAUCAAGGAAUCAGAAAGGCUUUCCUUUCUGAAAAAGAACAAGCUUUGCCUCAACUGUGGUAAGCCGUUCCACACAGCAGAUGUAUGCCGGAACCCUCCAUGUCAAAAAUGUGGCAAAAUGCAUCACAUCUCGCUCUGUAUGGCUCUCAGCAGCCAAAAUCAAAGCCAAAAUCCUCAAGAAAGCCGUCAAAACGCAACGAACUUCACCCAGCCUGUGCUUCAGCAACGAACACGGCAACCAGCGCAAAAUGUUAGGAGGCGCCGUCAAAGAGAAUGA